AUGACAAAUUCAAACGAAAUUCGCGUGGUCGCAGCUAUAGAUUUUGGGACUACGUAUUCUGGAUUUGCUUAUGCUCAUAAAAAAAAUCCAAAUGAUAUAUAUGCACAUGAUAUUUGGAAGUCAUUGUCUGGUUACUACAAAACUCCAACGGUUUUAAAAUAUGAUGAAUCAUUUAAUUUUUUAUCAUGGGGAUUGCCCGCGUUGGCAGAACGUCCAUCUAGGAAAAAUAAACAAUCUAACCUAAAACCUGUAGAAAGAUUUAAAUUGCACUUGGGUAAAAUGGAGAACAAACCCACUUUAAGUGGGAUUAAUUAUAAAACCGCCAUAACUGAUUAUCUUAGAGAAAUAGGUAAAGUUAUGAAAGAAACUUUUGAUACCCGGUGGUCUAUCAAAGAUUUUUUCAACCAAGUGUUACUUGUAAUGACGGUUCCGGCUGAAUUUGGCCAAGAAGCUAUGAAAGUCUUGCGUGAAUGCGCAUUCAAAGCCGAUCUGAUCAACCAGAGGAAUAGUGGAAAAUUGAAAUUUACGACAGAACCUGAAGCUGCUGCGAUUUAUUGCAUGAGUAAACUAACAGAACAUAAUCUUGGCGUUGGUUCAUCAUUUAUGAUUGUUGAUUGUGGCGGUGGAACAGUAGAUUUGACAACACGCAAACUUUUGAAAGAUAAUAAAUUAGACGAAAUUACUGAACGCGAAGGAGAUUUCUGUGGUGGAAGUUUUGUUGAUGAUGAAUUUCUUAAAUUCAUUGGUCGAAAAGUUGGAAGUUCGGCACUUAGUAUGGUCAGGGCAAAUCACUAUAGUCAAUUACAAUACAUGGUACAAGAAUUUUGUAGACGAAUUAAAAUUCAAUAUACCGGCAAAGAAUCGGAUUUUCAACCCUACGAAAUGGAUUUAAAAGAGUUAUGUCCAGUUAUAAAACAAUAUUCCAAGGGAGUUGAAUUUGAAAAUAUGGAAGAAGAAGAGUGGACGGUGGAAUUAACGUUUGAUGAUGUUAAAUCAAUGUUUGAUCCCGUAAUAGGAAAAAUUAUACGUCUAAUUCGUGGACAACUUGAAAAAUGUAGCGAAGUUGAACUUAUAUUGUUGGUUGGUGGUUUCAGCGAAUCUAAAUAUUUACAAGAAAGGAUCAAAAAUGAAUUUAAACAUAGAUUACGAGAUAAAAUAACUGUACCCGCGAAUCCAAUGGUGGCAAUUGAAAAAGGAGCCGUUCAAUUUGGGUUAAGACAGGGAAUCGUGAAUAGUCGUAUAUUAAAAUGGACUUAUGGUACCGACGUCAUUCGACAAUGGGCACUUAUGGAUCCAAUUGAUCGUAGACGUUCAGAUGGAAAAAUUAGAAUUUUCGAUCGAUUGGCAAGACGUGGUGAAAAAGUAGAUAUUAAUCAUCAAGUUUCAAGAGUAUAUGUUCCAUAUAGCAAAGAACAAACCAGCAUAGGUUUGGAUUUAUAUGUUACAGAGAAUGUGGAUGCAGACUAUUGUGACGAGAACGGCGUUUACUUACUUGAUAAUUGGAGUGUUAAUGUACCAACAACAUAUAACAACGAAGGAAGGUCUAUCGCAUUUACUUUGACUUUUGGUAGUAUUGAAAUUGAAGCUACAGCUCAAAAUGUUCAAACUGGAGUAAAAUAUGAAACCACUUUUAACUUUGACCUUUAA